AUGAGCGCCCAGGACGUCAGACAAAUUGAAGAUGGCACAAUGAAUGUCUGGUUCAGUGUUGUCCUCGUGCUCGAACAAGAGCCGAUCUUUGAUCCACCGGGAACUAAAAGUGAAAGGGGAAAAGAUCAAAAAGUCAAGUUUUUGUUGCCUCUAGCUGUGGCUUUGGAAAUAUUGAAUCGGUCCAGCCAGUAA